AUGCCAAUGGAUGGAGCGAAUCACUCUGUAGUGUCAGAGUUUGUGUUCCUGGGACUCAGCGAUUCCUGGGAGAUCCAACUUCUCCUCUUUGUGUUCUCCUCCACCUUUUAUGUGGCAAGCAUGAUGGGCAACUCCCUCAUUAUGCUCACCGUGACUUCUGACCCUCACUUACACUCGCCCAUGUACUUUCUGUUGGCCAACCUCUCCUUCAUUGACCUGGGAGUUUCUUCCGUCAGUUCGCCCAAGAUGAUUUAUGACCUUUUCAGAAAGCGUAAAGUCAUCUCCUUUGGUGGCUGCAUCGCUCAAAUCUUCUUUAUCCACGUCAUUGGUGGUGUGGAGAUGGUGCUGCUCAUCGCCAUGGCCUUUGACAGAUAUGUUGCCAUAUGUAAGCCUCUCCACUAUCUGACCAUUAUGAGCCCCAGAAUGUGCCUCUUCUUUCUAGUGGCUGCCUGGAUGACUGGCCUUAUCCACUCCAUGGUUCAACUGGCUUUUGUGGUAAACUUACCCUUCUGUGGUCCUAAUGUGCUGGACAGCUUUUACUGUGACCUUCCUCGGUUCAUCAAACUUGCCUGCACAGACACCUACCGACUAGAGUUUAUGGUCACAGCCAAUAGUGGAUUCAUCUCUGUUGGCUCCUUCUUUAUACUCAUCAUAUCCUAUAUCAUCAUCAUCCUCACUGUUCAGAAACACUCUUCAGCUGGUUCAUCCAAGGCUCUGUCCACACUGUCAGCUCACAUCACUGUGGUUUUCUUGUUCUUUGGCCCUUUGAUUUUUUUUUAUAUGUGGCCGUCUCCCUCCGUACACCUGGAUAAAUUUCUGGCCAUCUUUGAUGCUGUUCUCACUCCUUUCCUAAAUCCGGUCAUCUAUACAUUCAAGAAUCAAGAAAUGAAGGUGGCAAUAAGGAGAGUAUGUAGACAGCUAGUGAACUACAGGAAGAUCUCUUUUUUAUGA